AUGGCAUUAAGAACAGGGCUAAUAAGGUUAUCCAACUUACGAUGUUUAACGCAGCAAGCAUCAAGGCUUCGUGUUAUGAGUACUCAAACAUCCACCAAGGAGGGACCUGCAAGUGCGACGGAAGAAAUGAAACCCGGUCAAACACAUUUCGGAUUCCAAGUCGUUAAUGAGGAAGAGAAAACCAAAAAAGUACAUGAAGUAUUCGAAACUGUAGCUGAGAAGUAUGACCUGAUGAAUGAUGUGAUGUCUAUGGGCAUCCACCGCAUGUGGAAAGACAUCUUCAUGUGCCGGCUGGCACCACAGCCAGAGACUAAAUUAUUAGACAUGGCUGGUGGGACAGGUGAUAUAGCAUUCAGAUACAUCAAGUACCUGCAGAACCUGGGUCCCUCACAGGGAUCACACAGCAGUGUCACAGUGUGUGACAUCAACCAGGCCAUGUUGGAUGUUGGCAAGCAGAGGGCACAGAAACUAGGCUACACGCCACAGUCGUGCGGUGUGGAGAUAAACUGGAAGUGUGCUGACGCGGAGCGCCUCGACCUGCCCGACGACAGCUACACAGCAUACACCAUCGCGUUCGGGAUCAGAAACUGCACUCACAUUGACAAGGUAUUGGAGGAAGCAUAUAGAGUCCUGACGCCUGGUGGUCGCUUCAUGUGCCUUGAGUUCAGUCAACUGCCAAAUGACACUCUGCAGUGGGUGUACGACCAAUACUCGUUCCAAGUGAUCCCUGUGUUGGGGCAACUGUUUGUAGGACAGUGGAAGCCAUACCAGUACCUCGUCGAGAGCAUACGACAGUUUCCUAAUCAGGAGAAGUUCAAAUCGAUGAUAGAAGACGCCGGCUUCAGACAGGUGACCUAUGAGAACCUGACGUUCGGUACAUGCGCCAUACACUCCGGGUUCAAGAUAUAA